GUGCGUGGGGGAGGGAUCAGCAAACACGUCAACCACGUCGUGUGUCUGGCAGCAAGCACGUGACACUAUAAGACAGAGGGAGAGAGAAGUACUGUAAUACUUUAUGAUAGGCCAGUACUGUGCAGAAGAUAGUGGUAAAUCCAGCCAGUGAGCCUGUGUGGCAAGGCAGUUUUAGGUCCAGUAUCCAGUAAGAAGAGGAUUAUUUGACUGUCUGCUGCAGUAAAUCACAGUUUGCAUAGCCAGAACCACUCAGCUUGUCUCUUGUAAUGACCCUCAAAAGAGUCAUUGACAUUCAGCUCCUAUGCUGCCUUGCUGAAGAGUGGCCCAGUUUGAAUCAAGACCCCAUGAACACUUCCUGUUAUGUGGGCCUGUCUGGAAAACCAACCACCCACCAACGCUAGCUUCCCUUUGACACUUGCCCUUUCUGUGACCUCCACGGUGUACGCCCUCAUCUUCAUCCCCUUGGGGUUGACCUUUAACCUGCUGGUCCUUGCCGUCAACUUCCGGCAACAGGCGUCCAUGAAAAUGCCUGACAUCUACUUUUCCAACAUGGCGCUUGCUAGUUUGGUGUUAAACUCCGUAGCCAUUGGACGACUGCUGAGUUGUGAUUGGGCGCUGCAGGGUGAGCCCUGCCUUGGCUUCUUUGUCCUUUUCAAUGUGUCAUCUCUGGCGUUCAUUUAUUCCUCCACGUUACUAGGCCUGGACUACUUUAUUGAGCUCACAUUUUCCUACACUCAUCUUUCCAGCGCUUACAAGACGCGUUGUGUUUGUGAAUUCAUCUGGGGGGGCUCAGCUCUGGCCAGCCUAUCUUCUCUUCUCUCCUACGCCUGCGCCAAGGUAGCUGACAGCACCCAAAAAUGCGCCAAGCUGCACCCCCGUGAAUUGGGCGAUGCCAUCUUGUUUUUUGUAGGCUUCCUGAUACCUGGGGCUGCAGUUCUCUAUUCUCUAGUCCUCAUAUAUCAUUUGAGAAAGGAUCCCCAGCCUUUCCUAAACCCCCAGCCCUCCCUCUGGUGCCUUCUCUUGGUCACAGUGCCCCUGACCUUUCUCCUCUGGCUCCCCAAUCAUGGUUCUCUCUUCCUGGAUCUGGUCCAAUCGCUAGGCCCCUGGGAGUGGGCCAUGGACCCUGGGACUUUGACUCACAUUAAGAAGGCCUCUGAAAUCCUGUCUUACUCUUACAGCUGGGCCAUCACUCUCCUCUACCUCACUCUCAGGAAGAGUUUUCGGGUGAGGUGCAGGAGGGUACUGUCAGAGGCGGGGUGCUACUUCAAACGGGUUUUGGGGAACUGAUAUAGAGGGGUACAGGUUGGCUAGCAAUAGGGGCAACAACAAUAACAAAAUCAGCUGCUUGUUGGACCUUUCAAGAGUGGUCUUAUAGACAGACAGACAGACAAAAUAUCUAGGUGAGUUAAAAUAAUGAGAUUUCAUCUUGAAGCUUUCCAGAGUGCUUCGGCAGAAACAUCUCGAUCAGAAAACUGUAAAGCAACAGGCUGCUGCAGCUCAACUUGGAUUCAGUGCUGCACUGAAUCCAACGUUGUAUGUACACCUACCUGUUUACACACUAGUUUCUUUUGAAAUGUUUAUUUCAUUUUUUGAAGUAGUGCUUUAUAUGUGGUAAGUUAGAAAAUAAAUCCUUAUAUGUUUAAUUGCUCAUAUAAAUACAGUGUUCUGGCUGUGCAGAUGUUUGAUAUGAUGUGCUUGAAUAAAACUUUUGA